CAAGGGCUGACAUUGGCGGUGGCAGAAAGUCGUGCGUGGUCGGAGCAUUCUUCUCCUUCUCAGCCGCAUUGUGUUUGUUUGUCCUGAUAAACAGGCGAAGGUUUGGCUGCCAUCACCUCCCUGCCAGGGGAGAAGAAAGGCGUUAGUCAUUAAAAGGAUGUGGUACACGGAGGAAAUUACACAUCGCGGGACUUCCUCUCUAGGCAUAAAAAAAAAAAUCUCUCAGGCGUUCACGUGCUGGCCCUAAAAAACUAAUCCGACUGCCCGCUCUCCCCCCAGAAGAUCCCCUUCCCCACGGGAUCAACGCACUAAAAACAGUCCUCAGGUGGUAGAAGAUCCGCAACAACAUGACCUCCUGCCAGAAGACGUUGUGUUCCGUUAAGAUUUUGGUUCUCCUCAGUCUUGUCCUCCCGGUGACACCAGAUUCAUCAACUGCCUCACCUUCUGCAACCACUGAACCAGCAUCUCCUGAAGUCUUCACCACUUCUGCUAGCAAUGAACCAGAGGCGGACCAGGCUACAGAAGAGGGGGUGCAUGUCUCGACCACGGCUGUGCAGGAUAUCAUGAUUGAUGAUCACACAGCAGUCGAGCAGGUCCUGAAUACAACCGAGGCCAACAAUGCAACAACCGCAUUUACCAUAGUGACGACCCCCCUCGCUGACACGGAGCCCACCACCACAACCAGCGCAUCAACUACAUCAAUGUAUCAGGCGAUCACCAGAAGGAGCACGACCGCAUCCAGAGACACCAUUCACGGCAGAGCGAAAAACGACACCAGAAGACUGGAACACGAGCGGAUCUUCAUUUACGAUUACAGGUCCCUGAGGCAGUGGGGAUUGAUCUGCGCCCUCCUCCUGUGUAUUAUCGGUUUCCUCGUAUUGUUCAGUGGAAGAUGUCGGGGAUUCGCUUGCAAGAAACGACAGAAGAGGAGAUAUAAUGUAACGGGAAUUUAGGUCGCCGUGGCCUUAGAAGAGCGAAACACAGAAGCCAAAAAAUGACGUUUGCACUUCCUGUGCAAGAAGAAGAAAAAAAAAAAAAAAACAACCAAAAAGGAGCCUUACCUGUACCCAGCACUGUGCGAUAUAAUAAAUUUAUUUUAUAAAACGGUAAACA